AUGAAGACCCUCACUAGAUGCCUCACAUGGGCAGGUGUGAUAAUUCCCUUCGUCGCAGCCCAGAACGCGAAUGUUACGUUGGUCCCAGCAGCUACCGGUUUCGAGAACGAUAACACCGACUUCAUCUACGGAAAAUCGCCUCUUUUGGUUUCCAACGAUGGAAGUGCUGCCGACGGUGGCUUCCGGACGUUCUCAGUGUCCAAUACCUCGAGCUUAACUGAGAAAUCCCACCAAAAGACUGGCCGCUCGAAGAUCGCUGUAGCUGUCCAAGACGUUGGUGGCCGGGACUUGAUCGUCAAUAUCCCGGCACCCGAUUCGUUAAUCAGGAUCUUCGAUGCUAAGAACGGAACAGAAGUCAAAAGCAACGAUAAGAAGCAGCUCGGAGAUUGGAGCACCGCGUGUGUAUGGCGUAGCCAGAAGAGUGGGGAGAGCUACAUCUUCAUGUUUGGAAAGAAGAUGGUUGUACAGUUUUUGAUUCGCAGUAGCAAAGCGCAGGUUGAGAUUCUGGAGGUUCAGACAUUCCCUGUUGCUAUUGAAGGCGAGACUUGCGCCGCGUUUACGGAUGGCCAGAUCUACUUUUCCGCUGAGGACAGACCUCUGUACUCGUUUCAAGCAUCCGAAACUACCCAGGCACCCGAAAUCAAGACUGUGGUUGAGGACAUUGAAGUAGCAGGACUUGCUGCUUACCACAGUGCGUUGACUGACUAUUUGUUCGUAGCUCACGACGAUGUCAUCGAUGUGUACGAUUCCGACAUCAAGCAGAAAGGAAGCAUUACAUUAGGCGGUAUUUCUGAACUCUCUAUUAAGGGCUCGCUUGCCAUACUUCAGUCUUCUGUGGCCGGUUACCCAUCUGGCGCCUUCGCAUUUGCUUUCGAGGGAGAAGAUGAUACUGGGGUGGUUGUAGGCUCCCUGGACGGGGCGCUCGCUGCCCUGAGCAUCAAGCCAAACACCCAAUACAGUCCCGCGAACAAAGCUUGCAAGAUGUGCGAAAGCUCCAUCUCCAAGACGUGUUCUAGCAACGGCUUUGCAUCUGGAAAGAGCUGUUCUUGUUUCGCCGGCUUUGCUGGCGACGACUGCUCCAGGUCCACCUGCGAAAACGAUUGUUCAGGCCAUGGCAAUUGUGUUGGCCCAAAUGUCUGCAAAUGCAAAGGCGCUUGGACUGGUCCAGACUGCUCUUUCGUUGCAGUUAAAGCAAAAUACGAGACUGAGGCCAACGGCGGAGACGGCGAUGAUCCCGCAAUCUGGAUACAUCCCACUAGGCCCGACCAAAGCAAGAUCAUUACGACGACCAAGUCUGCAGAGGGCGAGGGUUUCGGUCUCUUCGACUUACAAGGAAAGCUUCUUCAACAUUUGACUGCUCAGAAGCCAAACAACGUCGAUGUCAUCUACAACUUCACUCUUGGUACCCGGAAGAUCGACCUCGCGUUCGCGGCGUGUCGCGGUGACAACACUAUGUGCCUCGUUGAAGUCAACAGCACAGGCUACCUUAGCGACAUCCCUGGCGGUGUUCAAACGUUGCCAGAUGACUAUGAGCCCUACGGCUCCUGCAACUACCGUUCUCCGACCUCUGGCAAAGAGUACCUCUUCGUCAACAACAAGGAGGCCCAGUAUCUCCAGUACGAACUCAGUGCCACCGCUAACGGCACCUUGCAAACCACCCUCGUCCGCCAGUUCCAAGGUGGCUCGGGCGGCCAAGUCGAAGGCUGCGUUGCUGACGAAGGGGCUGGCUAUCUCUUCAUCGGCGAAGAACCACUUGGCAUCUGGCGCUACGAAGCAGAACCAACUGGCUCCGACACAGGUGCUCAAAUUGCCCAGGUAGGCGAUGCGAGCGGACUUCAUGCAGAUGUUGAAGGCAUCACCCUUGUGCCAGCCAAGUCGGGUCCAGAUGGCUACAUCAUCGUGUCCUCGCAGGGUAUCUCAGCGUAUCUGAUCUACGAGCGCGCACCACCUCACAAGUACGUCGAGACCUUCACCAUCGUCGACAACAAAGAGAAGGGUAUCGAUCACGUUAGCAACACAGAUGGAUGUACUGCUGUCAGGAACGCGCUGAACAAAGACUUCCCGAAUGGGCUGUUCGUCACGCAUGACGAUGCUAAUGAGCUGGCCGAAGGAGGUACAGCGGCAGAAGCGAGUUUCAAGUUGAUCAGUCUUGUUGAUAUCUUGGGAAAGGAAAGGGCAGCGAAGUUGGGGUAUUAG